AUGUCGGAGCGGGCUUCGUACUUUGAUUUCAUGCCAGAACUCGAGUAUGAGCAGACGAGCUCGCCAAAUCUCACACAUGGCUGGUUCCCAUUCGUUCCAGAUGGGUCCUUGGGCGUUGAUCCUUCCGUCCAGACCUGGGAGUCGAUCGAUCUCGAUCUGUUCGAUGAAUCGGGCGGGUGUGACCGACCCCCGGCCCAGUCCGCAACCUCGACUGAUUCAGACAAUGGAGUCAUUCCUCGCUCCAAAAUAACACGUCGAAGAGCCCAGAACCGGGCCUCGCAACGCGCCCUGCGUGAGAGGAAAGAGCGCCACGUCAAAGGCCUAGAGCACCAGCUCACGACAAUAAACGAGAAGCACCAAGACCUCAUCCGGUCAUAUACCAAGCAAACAGACCACGUUACAAAGCUCCACCAUCGUAUCACAGAACUCCAAGCCGAGAUCAAAGCUUUCAAGUCGUAUAGUCAGCAGAGAUUGCCGUCGCGCGGUGCCACCACCGAACCGCUUCUGCCGGAACGCUUCGACGCCUUUUCCGUCACGCGAGGCUGGGACCCGAUGCUUUACGAUGCCAACGAAGUCGAGUUCGACCUCUCUCAGCCCAUCACCGGCAGCGCAAAGCCGCCAACGACAACGGCAACGGCAACGGCAACGACAACGCCAGUUACUCUCCCUGAGUUUGAAGAUCUACUGCACCUUCCGUAA